AUGUCUCAAGUCCGCGCUUCUCACAUUCUCAUCAAGCACCAAGGCUCUCGCCGUCCGGCAUCUUGGAAGGAUCCUAAUGGAGAGUCAAUAGGGCGAACGACGAAGGAGGCGGCGAUUCAGCAGCUGCUGGCGAUUAGAGAACGCAUCGCCAGUGGCGAGCUGGACUUUGGCCAGGUUGCGAAGACCGAAUCGCACUGCAGCUCCGCCAGGAACAAUGGAGAUCUGGGCUGGUUCAGUCGAGGCCAGAUGCAGAGACUGUUCGAGGAAGCGACGUUCGGGAUCAAUGUGGGGGAGAUGAGCGGCAUUGUGGACACGGACAGUGGGGUGCACAUUAUCCUUCGCACUGGAUAA